AUGGCCUGCCAGCCAUCCCCCACCACAGCCUCAAAGCAUCCCCCACCACAGCCUCAAGGCACCCCCCACCACAGCCUCAAGGCACCCCCCACCACGGCCUCAAGGCACCCCCCACCACAGCCUCAAGGCAUCCCCCACCACAGCCUCAAAGCAUCCCCCACCACAGCCUCAAAGCAUCCCCUACCACAGCCUCAAGGCAUCCCCCACCACAGCCUCAAAGCAUCCCCUACCACAGCCUCAAGGCAUCCCCCACCACAGCCUCAAGGCAUCCCCCACCACAGCCUCAAGGCAUCCCCCACCACAGCCUCAAAGCAUCCCCUACCACAGCCUCAAGGCAUCCCCCACCACAGCCUCAAGGCAUCCCCCACCACAGCCUCAAAGCAUCCCCUACCACAGCCUCAAGGCAUCCCCCACCACGGCCUCAAGGCACCCCCCACCACAGCCUCAAGGCAUCCCCCACCACAGCCUCAAGGCAUCCCCCACCACGGCCUCAAGGCAUCCCCCACCACAGCCUCAAGGCAUCCCCCACCACGGCCUCAAGGCAUCCCCCACCACAGCCUCAAGGCAUCCCCCACCACAGCCUCAAGGCAUCCCCCACCACGGCCUCAAGGCAUCCCCCACCACAGCCUCAAGGCAUCCCCCACCACGGCCUCAAGGCAUCCCCCACCACAGCCUCAAGGCAUCCCCCACCACAGCCUCAAGGCAUCCCCCACCACGGUUUCAAGGCAUCCCCCACCACGGCCUCAAGGCAUCCCCCACCACAGCCUCAAGGCAUCCCCCACCACAGCCUCAAGGCACCCCCCACCACAGCCUCAAGGCAUCCCCCACCACAGCCUCAAGGCAUCCCCCACCACGGCCUCAAGGCAUCCCCCACCACGGCCUCAAGGCAUCCCCCACCACGGCCUCAAGGCAUCCCCCACCACAGCCUCAAGGCAUCCCCCACCACAGCCUCAAGGCAUCCCCCACCACAGCCUCAAGGCAUCAGACGCUGUCAUUUGCCCAGCUACCCACACCCUGGUGCCCCACCACAUGCAGCUGGUGCCCCACCACAUGCAGCUGGUGCCCCACCACAUGCAGCUGGUGCCCCACCACAUGCAGCUGAGUCACACACUGACACAUACACACAUCAAGGAGAGGGCUGAGGAGUUGAUCAAGGAGUGGACCGAGGAGAGGUUAGAGGAGUUUGUCAAGGAGUGGACCAAGGAGAGGGCUGAGGAGUUGGUCAAGGAGUGGACCGAGGAGAGGUUAGAGGAGUUUGUCAAGGAGUGGACCGAGGAGAGGGCUGAGGAGUUGGUCAAGGAGUGGACCGAGGAGAGGUUAGAGGAGUUUGUCAAGGAGUGGACCAAGGAGAGGGCUGAGGAGUUGGUCAAGGAGUGGACCGAGGAGAGGUUAGAGGAGUUUGUCAAGGAGUGGACCGAGGAGAGGUUAGAGGAGUUUGUCAAGGAGUGGACCAAGGAGAGGGCUGAGGAGUUGGUCAAGGAGUGGACCGAGGAGAGGUUAGAGGAGUUUGUCAAGGAGUGGACCGAGGAGAGGGCUGAGGAGUUGGUCAAGGAGUGGACCGAGGAGAGGUUAGAGGAGUUUGUCAAGGAGUGGACCGAGGAGAGGGCUGAGGAGUUGGUCAAGGAGUGGACCGAGGAGAGGUUAGAGGAGUUUGUCAAGGAGUGGACCGAGGAGAGGUUAGAGGAGUUUGUCAAGGAGUGGACCAAGGAGAGGGCUGAGGAGUUGGUCAAGGAGUGGACCGAGGAGAGGUUAGAGGAGUUUGUCAAGGAGUGGACCGAGGAGAGAGCUGAGGAGUUGGUCAAGGAGUGGACCGAGGAGAGGUUAGAGGAGUUUGUCAAGGAGAGGACCGAGGAGAGGUUAGAGGAGUUUGUCAAGGAGUGGACCGAGGAGAGGGCUGAGGAGUUGAGGGCUGAGGAGUUGGUCAAGGAGUGGACCGAGGAGAGGUUAGAGGAGUUUGUCAAGGAGUGGACCGAGGAGAGAGCUGAGGAGUUGGUCAAGGAGUGGACCGAGGAGAGGUUAGAGGAGUUUGUCAAGGAGUGGACCGAGGAGAGGUUAGAGGAGUUUGUCAAGGAGUGGACCGAGGAGAGGGCUGAGGAGUUGGCUAAAACACAACCCUUCAAAAAAGUUGACACGGUCAGGCACAACCAGGUGGACAAGGACAGGGACAAACAGGUGGAUAUGGACAAGGACGACCAGGUGGACUAG